CCAAAUACCAAAGCGAAAGUGAAAGAAAGUUUGGAACUUUUCAUUGGAAAUUAGAAAAUGGCACAUUUAGUCGUCGCAUAUAUUUUAUGGUUCUUUGGUGGAGCUUGGGGAUUACACCAUUUCUAUCUUGGACGAGAUAGACAUGCUUUUAUUUGGUGGUCGACGUGGGCUGGAUGUUUUGGACUCGGUUGGGUUCGUGAUCUCUGGCGGAUACCAGAGUAUGUUUAUGCAGCAAACAAAGAUCCUGGAUACUUGAAAGAUUUAAAUGAAAAAGCAAAGCUAUAUCCAAUACCUCAAUUCAAUGUUGUAAGAUUCGCAGGAGAAGUGAUAGUUGGUUUCUUAUUUGGCAUACUGAUUCGAAUUUGUAUUCCAGAUGAUUUUGUUGCACUGUUCAUUGGUCGUGUUCUGUCAAUAAUUGUGCCUCCGUUUGCAGUAGCAAUAGGAGUUCAUUUAGUUGGAAAUGUAAAUCCGGAAAAAGUAAAUUUCCAGUGGGCGUUACUUGGAGCGUAUAUAUCAAUACCUAUGUUGACUUUAGAUUCUGGAAAUAACUUGGUAUAUUCUUCAAUACUUUCUGCAAUUGCAGUAAACUGGCAGGGAAAAAAUUGGAACAGAGAUUAUUUAGAAAAGCGUGGACUUUGCAAAAGAAUAUUUGUAUUAACUGUCUGUGGAUUGCUAUAUUUAUCACUUUGGUCAAGUGCAAUUUAUUUUAAUGCAACAAUUACAACAAAAGAGGGAGACGAAGUUCCAUUACGAGAGGCUAUAAAUAACUUUUUUACCUCCCCUGCAUGGGCAGAUACAAAAGAAUCAUUUAGAAAUUUAUAUAAAUAUUACCAAGAACAUGGCUGGGAAAAUUUAUAUAACAAGAUAGUAGAUUCUUUAGAUCCAUUAGGAGAAUCCAAAGCAUAUAAAGAUUUAGGUGUGCACGAAAAUGCUUCGGAAGAGGAGAUUAAGAAAUCGUAUAAAAAAUUAGUGAAACAGUGGCAUCCAGAUAAACAUAUAGAUCCAGAUAAAAAAGCUGAAGCACAGAAAAGAUUUAUAGAGAUACAAGAGGCAUAUGAAACAUUGUCUUCAAUAAAGACGAAAAGAGCACAGAGAAAUAAGAAAUCAAGAUCAUCUAGUCAAGAUCAUAGAGAACACACAGAAUUCUAAACAUUUGAUUUUUUUGUAAAGAAUCAAAGAAAUUGUUUAAAGUAUAAAGAUGUUGGACAUGUCAAAGCCCAUGCCAAGAAAAUUCAAAAUUGGGGAAAUUUGUAAAAACAGGGUUUCUUUUAUGGAGUGUAUGUAUAAGUGGUAAAAG